AGUUGCCAUGACUGGACUCCAAAUUGUGAUCCUCCUGCCUCAGCCUCUGGAGUAGCUAGGAUUACAGGGAGGACAUCUACUGAGAUCUUGAACCCUGGAGCUGAUGUCAUGGAGUCAGUCACCUUUGAGGAUGUGGCCAUGGGGCUCAUGCAGGAGUGGGCAUUGCUGGAUGAGGUGCGGAGGGACCUGUGCAGACACCUGAUACUGGACGACUGCCAGACCCUGACCUGCAGGGACUGGGGAUCUCAGUGCAGAUGUAAAGAGUCAGCGUCUUUGCAGGGUACACUGGAAGACAUAUCACCCAGUGACAUGCAGAUGGGACUGAAGGUGGCCUUGCAGAUUCAGAGGGUGGUGACGCCGGUGCCCACGCUGGGUCUCCCCAUCCCAUGGGUGGCCAGGGCUUCUGCUCUGCGUGCUCAGGACCCUGCCUGGCUCCAAGAAGAGCAGGAAGCCACAGCUCCUGGGUUGCUGACCACCUGUUCCCAGGAACCAGUCUCCUUCGCGGAUGUGGCGGUGGUAUUCACCCCAGAAGAAUGGGUGUUUCUGGACUCUGCUCAGAGAAGCCUGUACAGAGAUGUGAUGCUGGAGAACUAUAGGAACCUGGCCUUCGUGGCAGGAGAUCAACUAUGCAAACCCAGUACGUUGUCCCACUGGGAGCAAAGAGAGGAGCUGUGGAGCACUGGGAGAGGAGUCUUCCCAGAGACCUGUUUAGGACCUCACCUUCAACCCCAAGAAUCAAUUCCUAGCCAAGAUAUUUUUGUGGGCAUUCCAUCCAUUGGCACAAAUCAGCAGGAGCAGCCGCAGCCUGGAGAAAAGCGACGUGAGUACGGGGAGCCGGGGAAGCCCUUUAGUACUGCCGAGCCACUGCUUCAGUACCACACAGCUGCUGCGGGCGAGGCGCCCUACCCACGGCAAGAGGGCAGGCAGUCCUUCCUCCAGACCACUCACCUGAUCACGCCUGGAAAAGUCCGCGGCGUGGAUAAAACGUACGCAUGCAGCCAGUGUGAAAAGUCCUUCCGAUACAGCUCUGACCUCCUCAGGCACGAGAAGACUCACACCGCAGAGAAGUUCUUCGAGUGCCAAGAAUGUGGACAGGCCUUCAAGUAUUCCUCGAAUCUGCGGAGACACCUGCGAACUCACACUGGAGAGAAACCCUUUGAGUGCGUUCAGUGUGGGAAAACCUUCACCCGGAACUUCAACCUGAUUCUGCACCAGAGAAACCACACGGGAGAGAAGCCCUAUGCGUGCAAGGACUGCGGGAAAGCCUUCAAUCAGCCGUCCUCUCUGCGCAGCCACGUGAGGACCCACACUGGAGAGAAGCCCUUCGAGUGCAGCCAGUGCGGGAAAGCCUUCAGGGAGCACUCGUCGCUGAAGACGCACCUGCGGACCCACACCAGAGAGAAGCCCUACGCGUGCAGCCAGUGCGGGAAGCCCUUCCGGACCAGCACGCAUCUGAACGUGCACAAGAGAAUCCACACGGGGGAGAAGCUGUACGAGUGUGGGACAUGUGGUCAGGUCUUGAGUCGCCUGUCCACCCUGAAGAGUCACAUGCGGACUCACACGGGAGAGAAGCCCUACGCGUGCCAGGAGUGCGGGCGAGCUUUUAGCGAGCCCUCGUCCCUCAGGAAGCACGCGAGGACGCACACGGGCAAGAAGCCCUACGCGUGCCAGGAGUGCGGGCGAGCCUUCGGCCAGUCCUCACACCUCAUCGUCCACGUGAGGACCCACUCUUCGGGGAGACCCUAUCCGUGCAACCAGUGUGAGAAAGCCUUCAGGCACAGCUCGUCGCUUGCCGUGCACAGGAGGACCCACACGGGCAGAGAGAGCGUCCGGAAUGGCGGCUUGCCUCCGUCAGGGCCUCAGCCCUACGGGGCCUUGUCAGCUAGCUCUGGGUUUGUAAAAGGGUAGACAUUUGGGCCGCCAGUGCUUCUUACACUCGUUAGCCUGUGUCUCAUCUUGCCAUGUCCGGCAGGUGAAACCAGCCCUGGCCUAUUUAUUCUUGUUACACAAAAAGAAUGAAUUUCUACUGUACAAGACAUUGUUGAGGACACAAUAGGACAGAAUGGGGGUGGGUUUAUUUAUUUUACCACAAACCCCUAGGGGAUACAUUUGUUAUGUCAGUUUAUGCAAACACUUCAUGGGUGGUAGAAGGCAGUGUACCAUGUUCUACGUAAGUCCCCUGGAUCUAGCACGUUAUUUGUGUAAAUACACAUUUAUAAAUACUGAUUUCUGAUCUGUCAUCUACUGAGAGGGAUAUGUCAUACUCUCCCACCAUGGAGGUAGAGUGCUGAACAAUCCUUGUACUUCUGUCAGGUUUUAAGUGUAUGUGUAUAUUUUGAAGCAAUGGAAUUAAACAGAAGGCUUUUGACAUUUUGUGCACUUCCAGUGAAUCGUUACUUUUAUAAACUGACCAUGUCCAGGAGUGGUGGCUGUUGAGCCCUGCACCCCAUGAGGGCUUGCUGUUACAGACUGCAGCCUCUCUGGGGGAUCUGCAUCUCUAGUCUUCUCAAGGACACCUAGAGGUGGGUACUGCGUUCACCCCAUUAAACGAGGAAGCAGGGCUCAGUGGGCUGCGGGGAGUACUGAGGCCACCAGGCGAGGGGUGGGGAGUGGCUCUCUCCACAGUGCUCCGAGUGGCUGGUUUCCACUGAACCUCUUCUCACUGUGCUGUUUCGUUUUAAAAUACCGUGUUUGAGGGAUGGUUUACACCAGAGUUCAUAAAUCUUAGUGCGUACCUUGAUGGGUUUACCUGUGUCUACACGACUACUACCCCAUCAAAAUAUAAAUGCUUCAUCGUGCAGAGGUUCCCUGGGACACGCCCCCCAUCAGUAAGCCCUGUCCCCAGAGGUCACCACUGCUUCUGCCACAUGAGUUCUCUUUUUCUGUUCAUGGAAAUGGAACCCACGCAGCCCUCUUCACUUCCACUUAGCAUAACAUAACGUCAGUGAGGUUCAUCCACGUUGCAUGACAACACGUGGCCAGUGUUGACAGCGCGCUGUUAGCUGCUCUGAUUCUCCUCGGGCCAUGCAGGUGUGAACUCCCUCGGCGUCCCCGCCUUCACGUGGUGUCCACCUCCGUGGCUGCCUCCACUGCCCAUGCAGGCUGUUUCUGCUCCACUCUGCACAUAGCUGUGCUCAUCAUUUGAGGAAUGUUUCCCCCAAGCUAGCAGCACAAAUUUGAUGUAUCCAAAACCUCCCUAAUCUCUCUCUUCCU